AUGGCCCCCAAGUACGCCGCCGCACACCUCAUUCCAAAGAAGGAGGACGGAAAAGAAGACCGCAAGGCCAUCGCUCGGUCUCGAAGUAACUACCUCCGCGUCCAUUUCAAGAACACGAGGGAGACAGCUGCUGCCAUCACUGGCCUCAAACUCGCCAAAGCCCUCUCUUUCUUGAACGACGUCACAGAACACAAACAAUGUGUUCCUUUCCGAAGAUUUUCUGGUGGAGUCGGACGAACUGCCCAGGCUAAGGCUCACAAGGCCACUCAAGGUCGAUGGCCUCUUAAGUCGGCCAAAUACAUGAUUCAACUCCUCAAGAACGCCCAGGCCAACGCCGUUGCCAACGAGCUCGAGCCCGAGGACCUGAUCAUCACCAGUGUCAACGUCAACCAGGCCCCCAAAACCCGUCGACGCACAUACCGUGCUCACGGUCGAAUUAACCCUUACCAAGGACACCCUUGUCACGUUGAGAUCAUCUUGACCCCUGUGACUGAGGAAGUUGAAAAGGCUGAAGAUGUAGUGGUUGCCAAGCGCCGUGGAGUCCGAGCCCCCAAGGCGAUCGCAGCUUCGUAA